AUAGUUAUCAAAAUUGUAUGAUAUUAUUUGGAUUAUCAUUUGAGAUAUUUUGUCUAACGACUGUUAAUUAUACUGCAAGUGACAUCAAGAAAUUUAACCAUGGUGAAAUCAACAUUGUGUUCAAUCAUAAUUUUUACAGUUUUUUGUCGUUUUUCCAAUGCGAUUGAUUGGGAUAAAUGUCCCCAUGGAGAACUUAUGAAGUCAGAAGUAAUAUUUAGUGUUCCCAAUAAUGUUAUCUUAGGUGAAAUGAACGGUGAUAAUAUUACCGAUGAGCAAUAUCACUUGGCCAUGAAAAUCAGGUCGUACAAAUUAUUGUAUUUGUUGGUAAAUUAUGAAGAAGGUACAAUUUUAAUUUACGGUUUUAAUCGUAUGAAAGAUACGAUAAUUUCAUCAUCAGAUUAUAUUAUUGAAUUCAUGAAACAAUAUAACAUAGAUAUUUCUGAUUUAGAAGAUUAUAUUAAGAAAAUUUUAAAUUCAGAUUUAAGUGAAGAAUUAUAUUUUUCAUUUAAAGAAUUUCUUCGUAGUUCAUUAUUUGAACAGAUGAUAAAUUUCAAUAAAAAAUUAUCAAUAGAAACUAAAACAGAUGAUUUUAAUAGCCAACUUAAUGAAUCAAUUAAUUCUUGGAAGAUUUUUUAUAAUUUAUACAAUGAAGAAACGAAAAAAUAUAUUCCUCCGAAUACUAAUCAAAUUGCUGAUUGUAUAUAUGCAACGAGUUAUUUUAAUAAUAAAAUCAGUACCGAGUAUACAUUUAAACCUUCUAAAUACAUGAAGCUAUGGAUGGAUCUGAAAGCCAUAACGUACAUUGAGAAAAAGUGAAGACAGACACAAAAAAAAAACAUCAAAUCAUAAUAAAAUUAUAAUUUGAAGGUUAAAUUAUAAGUGAAAUAUUUUAUUGUAAAUUUGAAACUUAUUACAAAUAAUUUAAUUUUAUUCUAAAAUUAUAUGUAACUGACACAAAUUAAAAUAAUAAAUUACACGGAUGAAUAGAAAAAUUA